AUGGGUUUUCUUAUGCGAGAUGUUGAUCGACAAAUUGAACAAGUAUAUUCAAUAUCAAAUAAUGAACAAUCACUAAUUCUAUAUCGAGGUCAAGGUAUGUCGAAUGUUGAUUUCGAAAAACUCAAAAAUAGCAAUGGUGGUCUAUUAUCUUUCAACAAUUUUUUGUCAACAAGCACCAAUCGUCAAGUGUCAUUGAGGUUUGCUCUCAAAGCUCGAAACAAUCCUGAUCUCAAUCCUGUUCUCUUUCAAAUAAAAAUCGAUCCAUCUAUUGAAUCAGUUCCAUUUGCUGCUUUGGACAGUAUCAGCUAUUAUAAAUUGAGCGAAAAAGAAAUUCUCUUCUCGAUGCAUACCGUCUUUCGCAUCGGUGAAAUCAAACCAAUUGAAAAUAAUUUAUGGCAAGUCGAAUUAAAAUUGACGAAUGAAGAUGAUCCACAAUUGAAAAUUCUUACCGAUUACUUGCGACAAGAGAUUCGAGGAGAAAAGGGAUGGAAUCGAUUGGCUCAAUUAUUGGAAAAAAUGGGUCAACUCGAUAAGGCUGAAGAAAUCUACAAAAAUUUGCUUAGUACAACAUCAGAAGAUGAUUUGCCAAGAUUAGGUUCUCUAAAUGGACAUCUGGGACAUAUUAACGAACUGAAAGGCAAUUUAUCAAGUGCACUUUCAUUUUUCAAGAAGUCACUUGCAAUCGUAGAAAAAAUCUGUCCUCGUAAUCUUCGAGACCUUGCUAUCAACUACAGUAAUAUUGGAGGAAUAUAUCGAGCAAUGGAUGAUGCUUCAAAUGCAUUUUUGUUUUAUAAAAAAGCACGAAGAAUUUUUGAAAGCAUUCCAUCUUCUGAUCGACUAUCACUGGCUGCUAUCUAUAACAACUUCGGUGGAUUAUAUCAACAGACAAGAGAUUAUUCUCUUGCACUUUUAUUUUUUCAGAAAGCACUUCAAAUCGAAGAAGAAUCUCUUCCUUCCAAUCAUUCAUCAUUGGCCACCACCUACAAUAAUAUAGGUCUCGCAUAUAAAUAUAUGGGUGACAACAAAAAUGCCCUAUUAUUUUAUCAAAAAGCACUUGAAAUUCGAGAAAAAUAUUUACCUCCCGAUCAUCAAGAUAUAGGCAUGAUUUAUAAUAAUAUUGCUGGUGUGUAUUUUUCAAUGAGAGAUUAUUCUCGCACACUCUCAUUUCUUCAAAAAGCACGUCCAAUACUUGAAGCAUCACUCCCUGCCAAUCAUCCAUAUUUAAUCGGUAUCAAUAAACACAUCACCCUAACAUAUCUAUUGCUCGGAGACCAUUCAAACGCAUAA